GAACGGUGCUGCACUCUGAAACGUUUUCGUUAUGCAAAUAGACUAUUUAUUUUGAUAAUAUUUCGUAAUAUUUGGUGUGUUUCAGUGUUUGUAAGUUUUAAAUAAACUUUCAGUGUAUUAGAAACAAAACAAUUAGCAUGUUAAGAAUUCUCUCUUACUGAAAAAUUAACUUGUUCUUUGUUUUAGAUACAAGGAAGCGUAAGAGAUGUCUGAAGAACAAGUUCCUUGUGGAGAAGAAGCUAGUAGUGAUAAUGAACAGAAUACAUCGGAGAAGCUUUCGUACAAAGAACUGGAGAAGUUGGAAGAGGAAAAGUUGAAAGCCAAGAUGCCGAAAGGAGUUGCCAACCGUCCCAUGACUGGCCACUCGGUGUUCUUGCAGAAAAGAUUGGCACACAAGAAGUACUUUGACUCCGGUGAUUACCAAAUGGCGAAGCAGAAAACGAGGUCAGCGCCCGUGGAGCUGGUGUACGGAACGGGAGACACGAUCCCGACGCCGGAAACUGUGCCCGUCCGUAAAACCUCCAUCAUCCAGCCUACAAAGUUCUCGCCGAGCUCAACUUAGACCACCCGGAGGCUGGAACGGACAUUCACUUUGGAUAACAUUUCACCGUUACGAGCGUGGAGUUUUGCUGAGGCUGUCUUGUAUUUUAAUUCAUGAUGCAAAUGGUUUUGUAUUAUUUUGUAAAAAAAAAGGGGGGGGGGAGAGAGGAGUUGGGUAGAAAGUAUCUAAAAUGCAAAAAAAAAUUGUGGGUGUUAGAAUUUUUUUUACUUUUUUGAAUUGCAGUUAUGUGCAUAAUGAGGCAUGAAUAUGUGUUCUACAUGGUCAUAAGCAAAUUUUAAAAAUGUGACCUCUUUUUUGUAAAUGCCUUCAUCUUGCAGCAUCGGAAUUUAAAAAAACUGAAUUCACGCCAGUAUUUGUAAGUUCAUGACAGGUUUGCUUAACGUUUCUUUUCGGAUUGGUAUGUUGAGAAUUAUUUUUGACAAGAUAUUAUGUGUAUGCUGUUUUAAAACUUGGGCUGUCUCAAAGUGCGAAGCGGCGAUGCUGUGAUACAAGAUGGUACACUGCUUCAGUGUCUUGCUUUAAACAUGAUGUAAUGUGUGUCCCUAUACAGUGGUGAUUGUUAUUUCUGUUAGAUUCUUUGUGUAAAUUAUCAUUAGUAAGCUAUUCUUUAUGCAAAGUUAUCAUCAUUUAUCUCAUGACUCCCAAAUAUAACCAAUUUUACGUCUUGAAUUUUAGGGAAAUUUCAUUGGAGCAUUUAUUAUAUUUGCUGUUUUAAAGUUCAUGUAAAUGUUCUGACAUGUAUAGGUUAAAACCUAGUGUUAGUAUGUUUUUUUUUUCUUUCUGGAAUGAACAGUUUUGGUUGCAUUAUGUAGCUUAUAUAUGUAAGAUGCAAGUAUGCAUAGUGUAGUUUUGAAAUGUUUGUGAUUAAUUAUAAAUACAAAUCAAACAAGAA